UUUCCUUUAGCCACUGUACAAUAAUGUAUACUGAGACGGGAACGUUACGAACAUUUUAAGUUGAUAUUUGGAGGACAAUUUGAUUGCUUAUUUUUAAGUUAGUACUGGUAGCAUAGCCAGACUGAAUUGUGAAUCGACUCUCUUUGCCAAACGACUCAGCAGCAGGAACAAGCAAGAUGGCGAACAUGGACGUGUUAGCCAAAACAAUGGCGAAGGAUUAUGUGGAUGAUGUGGAGAGCUCCGACAGUGUGGAAGAAAAUGAAUAUGGGCCUGGUGAAGGUGGAGCUAGAAAAGCAGAUAACAUGGACAUUGCCAGGGUGGAAAGACACAAGAAAAGAAAACACAAACAUCGGAGCAAGCACAGAAAACAUAAAUAUCCCUCACCAGAUGAGAAGGACCACAAGCACAAGUACAAACACAAACAUAAGCGGAAACACAGAGACACAUUACAGGAUAAUAGAGACUGUUCUGCUGGCUGUGAAGGUGCAGUCAUCUCUCCAAAGCGAUCCAGACUUGAUGACCUUGCUGCUCUGGAGGAUCUGGAGAAACAAAGGGCCAUGAUUCAAGCAGAGCUUGAUAAUGAGCUGAUGGAAGGGGCUGUGCAAUCAGGUAUGGGAUUGAUAUUACAGGGUUAUAACUCAGAUUCAGAAGAGGAUGGCGAGAUCCAGCAAACUGUGCAAAAUGGUGAGCAACAGAGACAAGAUUUUGAUGCUCGGGGACAUGCUGGAAGAUCUCGACAGGAUUACAUAGAUGAUGAAAAAAUGUAUCCCUGGCUGGAAGACAGAAGUAUGUCUGACGAGAUGGCAUUCCGGGCCCAUAAAUCAGAAAAAAGAGUUAGUAAGACUGGGUUAGAAGUUAACGUCAGUGAGAAACCUAGUGGUCCCAUCCAAGCAAGGGAGCGGAGACGAUCCCGGAGCAUUGAGAGAUCCAAAGAUGGUGGUCAGGGGUCUAAAUCUCCUGUGAAGUCCAAGGACUUGCCAUCAAGCAACAAAAAAUCAACUACACGGCCUGAAGAGCAAAUUGAAGACCACAGAUCCUCAGAAAGAAUGAGCAGGUCUAGAUCUAAAGAAAGAAACACAAACUUGCCAGAAGCUGACAGGGAGAGAGACAAGAAAACAGUGAAAGUACCCUCAAAAGAAGCCUCAUCUGGAAAAGAGAAUCGAUCUCCUAGCAGAAAACAACCUCCAGAACAGCACAGUCUGACUGUGCGGCCCAGGGGCGACCGCUCACCUGAACACAUCUCUGUUGCCCAGAGCACAGACCGGGAAUCCAGACAGGACAGAUCUUCAUGUCACAACAGAUCCCCUCCCAGGAGAGGCCGAUCUCGGUCUGUUGAGAGGAGACGGAGAGAAGAAGAUCGACAGAGACUCUCCAACGACAGGGUGCGAUCUCGUGAUGUGGCAGGGGGCCGUAGCGAGGAAAGUCCCUCUCUGAACUCCAGACGAAGGUUAAAUCACUCACCCGUCAGACGAAGGUCCCGUUCUCCCAGGAGACGAACCGGCAGGUCUCCUCUCAGACACAGAUCUAGGGAGCGUGACAGGACAGAGCGCAGACAGCAGCUACGUUGGGGAUCACAGGAAAGGCGGAAGAGAAGGAGCAGGGAAAGAGAGGACAUGUUUAAGGGCAGUCUGUCUGAAGGAAUGAAGCCUGAGCAGGAGGACUCGGAUGAUGAAGUGCUGGAGGAUUAUGACGUUGAUGAAGAGGAUGAGGAGGCUUUGAUAGAACAGAGAAGACUUCAGCGCUUGGCCAUCGUGCAGAAGUAUAAGCCAGUAAAUGAAGACAGUAACAUGUCAGGACUCUCAGAGCAUGGCAGUCCUCAGAGUAGCACUCACAGCCGAUCGCCAUCUCCCGAUGACAUCCUCGAGCGUGUGGCUGCUGAUGUCAAAGCCUACGAGCAAGAGAACCUGGACACGUUUGAGGAUAAUGUGAAAGCCAAGCAUAGUCUUAUCUCUCAAGAAAAAGAUGGUGCUAAUCUGAAAAAGCCAGCAGCGCCAGAUAUGUUCACAGAGUCAGAUGACAUGUUCGCUGCUUACUUUGACAGUGCCAGGUUACGGGCCGCAGGCAUUGGCAAGGACUUCAAGGAGAACCCAAGUCUCAGAGAUAACUGGACAGAUGCAGAAGGCUAUUACCGUGUGAACAUUGGCGAGGUGUUGGACAAACGGUACGGGGUGUACGGCUACACUGGACAUGGUGUCUUCAGUAAUGUGAUCCGAGCCAGAGACUUGGCCCGAGCCAAUCAAGAAGUGGCGGUGAAAAUAAUACGCAACAAUGAGAUGAUGCAAAAAACAGGACUCAAAGAGCUGGAGUUUCUGAAGAAACUGAAUGACGCCGAUGCAGAUGAUAAGUUCCACUGUUUGCGGCUCUUUAGACACUUUUAUCACAAGCAGCAUCUGUGUCUGGUGUUCGAACCACUCAGCAUGAACCUGCGGGAGGUAUUGAGGAAAUAUGGCAAGGAUGUUGGGCUACACAUCAAGGCUGUGCGUUCGUACAGCCAGCAGCUUUUCCUGGCCCUCAAACUCCUCAAGCGCUGCAACAUCCUGCAUGCUGACAUCAAACCCGACAACAUUUUAGUGAACGAAUCCAAGACCAUCCUCAAGUUGUGCGACUUUGGCUCUGCGUCACAUGUGGCUGACAACGACAUAACACCAUAUCUGGUCAGCCGCUUCUACAGGGCACCCGAGAUCAUCAUUGGAAAGUCGUAUGAUUACGGAAUCGAUAUGUGGUCUGUGGGCUGCACUCUCUAUGAACUAUACACGGGAAAAAUCCUUUUCCCUGGGAAAACAAAUAACCACAUGCUAAAACUUGCCAUGGACCUGAAAGGAAAACUGCCUAAUAAAAUGAUCAGGAAGGGUCUGUUCAAGGACCAGCACUUUGACCAAAACUUGAACUUUUUGUAUACCGAGGUUGAUAAGGUCACUGAGAGGGAAAAGAUCACGGUCAUGAGUACCAUUAACCCAACUAAGGACCUGUCGAUGGACAUGGUGGGUCGCCAGGCGCUACCAGAGGACCAGCGAAAGAAGGUUGUUCUGCUCAAAGAUCUGUUGGACCAGAUUCUGAUGCUGGAUCCUGCCAAGCGGAUCACCAUCAAUCAGGCAUUACAGCAUCCUUUCAUCCAGGAGAGGAUAUGAACAGCAGCGUACCUCAGAGAUUAAUGAUGGUUUUGUAUCUACAGAUAUGACUCAGACAACAAAAGACGUUUGCAUAUUUUAUUGCCUUGCUAUUUUAUUUUAGUCUCUGAUUUGUAGUAUUGUUCAGAGCAGGACACAAUCAAGAUUUACUUUAUUUUAUUAUUGUUAGAUGACCUACAAGACAACCUGUAAGCUGUAAAUCUUUCAGAAAAAAGAAAAUCUUUCAAGAUAAUCUAUAUUGUUCAGAUUGCAUGCUUUAUACACAGCUUCUUGCUAAUAAUAAUUUCAAAUAUAUUUGAUAUUAAGCUCAAUGUUCAGAAUGUAAAAAUAUCCUUUUGUGUGCUAAGUUCACAGACCUUAUAUUUUAUGUAAAAUUCUACAAUUUGAUGUAAACCAAAUAUUACUCAACCACCAAGGACUGUUUAGAGUGUGACGUAAGUAAGACCAGCAUAAAUGCUGUCUAUAUCCACCCUCCCUUAGGUGUGAGAGUGAGAACUCAACCUGGCGUGCAGGCCCACGGCAUGCCCCUUGCCCUAGGUGUGUUUCUGCUGAAUCUCCUGCUUGACCUGGUCUGCAGGGAAAGCCUCCUCUGUAAAGGCAGGUUGUACACCUCUAUCGGUACACUGAAGGUAAGCUAAUCCUUCCAAAGCAAACGGCAUCAACAUUUUGCGUUCUUUUCUAUCCAAAAAAUAAAGUGUCAUCAUAAAGCCCUUUAGGCUUCUCCUGCAUGUUUACAGAAUGAAAUUUGGAGAAAUGGACAUGCAUUGAAACCCUUUGUCACCCUUUUGCUCUGUACCAAAACCUAGUGAGGCAUCAUAGAUAUAUUAUAUUACAUUACAUUAUUUUAUAUCACUGUUCAAAUGUUUGGGGUCUUUAAUUUUAUUUAUUUGUUAAAAAAGUAGUAUGAUGAAUUAUUAUUACAACUUAAAAUAACUAUUUUCUAUUUUAAUAUUUUUUUAAAUGUAAUUUAUUCCUGUGAUGGCACAGCUGAAUUUUCAGCAGCCAUUACUCCAGUCUUUGCUGUCAUGUGAUUCUUCAGAAAUCAUUCUAAUAUGCUGAUUCAGUCCUUAAGAAACAUUUAUUAUUUUCAGUGUUAAAAAACAAUUUUUUAUGGAAAGAAUGAUACCUUUUUUUAGGAUUCGUUGAUGAAUGGAGAGUUCCAAAGAACAGCAUUUAUUUGAAAUAUUAUAUAUCUUUUGACAUAUUAUAAAUGUCCUUGUCUUUAAUGCAACCUUUCUGAAUUAAUGUACUUACUGGCCCUAUACGUUUGCGCAAUACUGAAAAUUAUUAUUACAAAGUGUCAAAUUAAAAACUAUUUGACUCAAAUUUUGUAUGACUUUUUAUAUUUAUUAUGUUUCAUUAUUUUAUUAUGUUUAAUAGAGUAUUGGAGUCAUGAACCUACAUAGAGCAUUCCAAAACGUUCACUUUUGAGGGUGCUGCCUUAGUAUGCAAUAGGCAGUGAGGCAGCUUCACUAGAUUUUGGAACAGAGCUUCUGUUGUGGUGUUUCUCACAGAGACAAAACAGUCGGUAUGAAUGAAAAGACUGACUGUCACUUUCUCAAAAAUGGAAGGAACCGGUUACGGUUGACAUUGAGGGUAAGGGUGAAUCCAAGUAUUUUUAAUGGACCAAGCACCUUCAGUGUACUGCCUCUGAUAGACAUGCCUCACCUUUUUCAGAGUUGUCACACUUGUGUCAUAGUUUUUGCAUAAUCUAUUGAGUGUUUUUCAAUAUGCAUGAGAAUAUGUUAUAUGUAUGGCUUCCAAUGCACUACUGUACAAACCCUCUGGUGUGUUUUUCACUAUGCGUAGACUAUUUAGCUGUAUUUUUUGUGACUGUUCUUGUGUUUGUGACAAUGUUGUCUUUUGAUACAGGGGUUUUCCUGCUCUGAUCUAUGAAUCUGCUUGUUACAAGCGGUAAUUGCUUCUUUAUUCAUAUCUCAAUUCCUUACGUUCCAAAUCUAUACAACGGUCAUAAAGUAUGCUGGAAGAAUUAUCUGCCUGUUAUUUUUGCAAAGCCUGUCCUGCACGAUAAUGGAAUAAUCUGAAUUGACUGUAAAUUCACAUUAUUUGUUAUCAUUAAACAAUAUAAAAAUAAAGCUGUUUUGUGGUGGAAAAAAAAAAUGAAUUUAGACUUCCCACAAGUUGUCCGUCUUUCAAGAAUUUCAUGCAAGUUAAUAAUAACAGUGUAAGAAAAUAAUUCAGCGUCUUAGGAAGCUUAUGGUGGGUUUUGUUUCAUCAACACUAACUGCUGUUUGUGCUGUUUCUCCCACUGUUUCUUUGUGUUCGAGUAUAUUCUCUGGCCAAUGGAGACAUGUCUGUCCAUCAUCCUCCUGCCUGCCUCUGCUUUCAAAAGGACGAGACCUCUUCAAGGCCCUUUAUCCAGGUCACUCCUAAAGGCAUGUUUAGAUCCAACACAAAGCAAAGCUCUGAUUAGAAAUGAACAGCCAAUUCAGAGGCUAAUUCUCAUAGGAUUAAUGUUUCCAUCUCAUGUGUAGCAUUAAUCAAUGUCUAAUUUCUAUUCCAGCUUUUCAGGGCUGUAGAUAUUAGAUGAUAAUGAAUUUGGCAGCAGACAAUGGGUUUUCAGACGCCAAAUUUAAUGAUAGGGGUCCUUUUCUUAAAUAUAAGGGCAGCUGUAUAUUUUCCUGUAUUAAAACCCUUUUAUUUUAUAAAUGAACUUUUAUACAUGAUUUUUAUUAUUAUUAUUAUCUACCAGUGUUAAUAUUGGUCUGAUCACAGAAUAACCUAUCUAUAUUCAGCUUUGUGAGGACCUUGCAUUGACUUUAUCCAUUGGUGUGAACCUCAGAGAUUCAUUCUUGGACCGUUUUAUAUUCAAGACCUAAAAAAAUGGACUGAUUUAGUCACCUUGUGUGUCGGCUGAUGAGUGUGUAUUUACCCAGGAUAUUUCAAGAAUGUGUACUUUCUGUAAUGUACCAAGAUACUGGUAUAUUUAUUCUUUGUAUUAUAGGUGCUGUCUGUUAAAGAAGACUCUUAAAGGAAAUCUCAUCUGAAAAAAGGUUUCUGUUUUAGAGCGAGUACUUACGAGAAUUAAGCUGUUGAUUUUAAGCUGACAAUACAGUAUGUGGUUGAAUAAGUAGUUCCUCAUUUAGCCUAUGAUAAAAUGUGACAGUUACUGAUUUCUGGGGUUUUUUGUUGUUGUUUUUUUUUUUAUAUAUAUAAUUUAGUCAAAUCCAAAUGUAUUUAUACAGUAUAACCCAAUUUUUGCCUAAACCCAAUAAAUACCACCUAAAUUUGCAAUUUAUAAGCAAUUCAUACUUAUACUUCAAACACUCUAUAUAGUGACAAUGCAGGUUCAUAAAAUAAAAUAAAUUUACUCAACAUACAUAAAAAUUGUUACAAUCUGGUAUUACACAUUCCAGAUUUAUCAACCAAAAGGUAAUGCUUUUCUUUUUUAAGAAAUACAUGUUUGCAUGUCGCCCACAAAAGUAACCGUUCUUGAACCACAACUAACCAUUUUCAAUUCUAUUUUCAGGGUAAGUGUUAAAAUUUUCCCUACUGUCAUGGCCACGUGUGAUUCCAAGUGUGAGAGAGAUCCUGAUGGCCAGCUGCUGUCCUACUCUAUUAUUGAAGUGCCUUUCAAGAGCUCAUCUUCUUAUCCACUCAAGGGGGAAAUUACCGACAUCUGUACACAGCAUAACAAUAUGUUCAUUUUGUAUCAGAUUAUACAGCCAAUACUGCACAAGAAUAUUAAUAAAUGGUGAAUUUUACAAUUACUUA